CAGACUGGGAAUGAGCGCCCUACCUGGUCAAACGAGUCGCGAACGCUGUCAACUGGAGAAGAGAAGGAAACACCCUUUAAAGUGAGUUUUUGAACAACCAAUUGGAUUUUAAUAGAGUGCGCACGAGACGCGGGUGGAGCCGACGCGUAUGUUGAAGGACAUCGAUAAAAAAAAUAUGGAUUAAACCGCAGGGAUGUUCAGGAAACGAUGAAAACAAUAUCGGCACAGUAAGGAGUGACACCGGGGUCGGAGGGAAUGGCUUGAUUCAUCACACCGGGAGAGAGCGGGGGGGCGAUACUGUCAGAGGCUCUCAUGUUUCUGUGGAAGAGAAAGAAAGUUUGCUGCUCUUCACCCGGAUACGGCCCCACUUUCUGAGAGGCAACGCUGCUCUGACUUAUUUUUUAUUUAUUUUUUGGAGGAGGAGGGGGGUGGUGUUUGGCUCUUAACUGUCCAAAAUGUCCAACCCCGUGCUAAAGAAGAACCACUGGACCUCCAGAGUGAACGAGUGCUCCGUCUCUAAAGACGCCCGCGGGGAGCUGAGCGUGCCGCUGCGCGGCGGCGCGGAGAACGGAGAGUUCGCCCACAUCGGAGCGGUUGACGAGGCGCUCAUGGUUUACACAAUUGGGAAAAUACACGAAGGGGAGCUGCUGCUGGAAGUCGAGAAUCUAUCCAUUUCGGGAUUACCUUUGUACGACGUGCAGACCGUGAUAAAGAACUGCAAAGGUCCCGUCAGGUUAAAAACCGUCAGGCAAGGAAGCAAGCUGAACAAGGACCUGAAGCAUUAUCUGAGCCAGCGCUUCCAGAAAUCCUCGGCUGACCACGAGCUGCAGCAGACCAUCCGAGACAACCUCUACCGCCACGCCGUGCCCUGUACAACGCGUGGCCCACGUGACGGAGAAGUUUCUGGCGUGGACUACAACUUCCUCUCAGUGGAGGACUUCCUGGAGUUGGAGAAGAGCGGCACCCUGUUGGAGAUCGGAACGUUUGAAGGAAACUAUUAUGGGACGCCCAAGCCACCGGUGCAGCCCCCCAGUGGGAAAGUAAUUAACAGGGGCGGUAUCGGCGGUGAUGCCCCUCUGCCAGACGGGCUCAGCGGUAGCCUGCCGGGCUCGCAGCACUCCACUCCCCGACGACGCUCCAAGUCCUACAAUGACAUGCACAAUGCUGGAAUAGGGCCCGGAGAGCAGCAGCAGCAGCAGGAGGACGACGAGGACCUCCCUGACAUGAACAGUAGCUUCACAGGCGAUUCCAGUGAAUUAGACGAGAUUCCUCACUCAGUGCGCCCCUACGCCCCGCGCAAGAGCGACCCGCCCUACGUUGGGAGAACCCCCUCACCAUCGGCCACCACGGAGAGCACUCAGCAGUCAAACUCUCACCUGAGCCAUCCUCCCCUGGAGGAUCCUCUGGGAACUCUGCCCGACAACUGGGAGAUGGCCUACACCGAGAACGGAGAGGUCUACUUCAUAGACCACAAUACAAAGACCACCUCCUGGAUAGACCCUCGGUGCAUGGACAAGCCUCAGAAACCCUUGGAGGAAUGUGAGGACGAUGAAGGAGUACACACAGAGGAGCUGGAUAAUGACCUCGAACUUCCACCAGGAUGGGAGAAAAUAGAUGAUCCGGUGUACGGGGUCUACUAUGUUGAUCACAUCAACAGGAAGACCCAGUAUGAGAAUCCAAUGUUGGAGGCUAAGAGGCGCAGGCAGCUGGAACAGCAGCAGCCUCAGCAGCCUCAGCCCCAAAGCCAGCAGCCACCCGAAGGUGAGCGCUACAUCCGAGAAUGGAUGGAGGACUCUGCGUUGGCAGGGCCCCCCCUGGCCAGCUAUGCUGCCAACCACCAGGAGACCUACCGGGACCCUCAGAAAGGACCUCCAAUGCCCAACGCAAUGGGACAGAAACGAGGGAAGCCUUUCUUCACCCGAAACCGCUCCGAGCUGAAGGGGACAUUCAUCAAUACCAAGCUGAAAAAGAGUCGCCGGGGGUUCGGUUUCACUGUUGUGGGAGGCGACGAGCCAGACGAGUUCCUGCAGAUCAAGAGCCUGGUCCUGGACGGACCGGCCGCCCUCGAUGGCAAAAUGGAGACAGGCGACGUGAUCGUCAGCGUCAACGACAUAUGCGUGCUGGGCUACACCCACGCCCAAGUCGUGAAGAUCUUCCAGUCCAUCCCGAUCGGCUCCAUGGUGAACCUGGAGCUGUGCCGCGGCUACCCGCUGCCCUUUGACCCCGAUGACCCCAACACUAGCCUGGUUACCUCGGUGGCCAUCAUCGACAACAAAGACCCCAUCAUUGUCAACGGCCAGGAGGGUUCCCACAGCUACGACCUGCCGCCCAGCCACGGGGGCCACAGCGACAACGUCGGCUCCACCAACGGCGGGGCGCCGCUCAACGGCCUCCCGCGGCCGCACAGCCCCUCCGGCGACGUGGCCUCCGACACCUCCUCCCAGCGCGGCUACUCCAGCGACGUGGUCAACCUGGCCUCGUCCAUCGCGACGCAGCCGGAGCUCAUCACCGUACACAUGGAGAAAGGGGACAAGGGCUUCGGCUUCACCAUCGCCGACAGCCCCGGGGGCGGGGGGCAGAGGGUGAAGCAGAUCGUGGACUACCCGCGCUGCCGGGGCCUCAAGGAGGGGGACAUCAUCGUGGAGGUGAACAAGAGAAAUGUGCAGAGCAUGUCGCACAACCAGGUGGUGGAUCUGCUCAGCAAAUGUCCCAAAGGCAGCGAGGUCACCAUGCUGGUGCAAAGAGGUGAGAGGAGGCCGCCCCCUCCGCAUCAAUUGUCACGAAAGGACAGUCAGAACAGCUCUCAGCACAGCGUGUCCAGUCACCGGAGCAUCCACGCCGACUCGCCCUUGCACUCGUCCCUGGCACCGCCGUCCAGCGAGAGCGUCGCUCCCCCGCCGCCGUCUCAGCCCCUGCCAGGCCUCCCUCCCCAGGACCCCCCGGGGGCUGACGGCACCAUCCAAAGAAAACCGGACCCCUUUAAGAUCUGGGCCCAGUCUAGGAGCAUGUAUGAAAGUAGGCUUCCAGACUUCCAAGAGCAGGACAUUUUCCUUUGGAGGAAGGACACCGGAUUCGGCUUCAGGAUCCUCGGAGGCAACGAGGCAGGAGAGCCGAUCUACAUUGGCCACAUAGUGAAGUACGGCGCGGCGGACGAGGACGGACGCCUGCGUUCCGGCGAUGAGCUGAUAUGCGUGGACGGCACGCCGGUGGUGGGCAAGUCGCACCAACUGGUGGUGCAGCUGAUGCAGCAGGCGGCCAAGCAGGGCCACGUCAACCUCACCGUGAGACGCAAAACCAUCUACGCCGUCAAAGGCGAGGGCGACGUGCCUCCAUCGCCGGCGUCCUCCCACCACAGCAGCAACCAGGCGCCCAGCCUGACGGAGGAGAUGGGGAAGCGCACCCCACAGGGCAGCCAGAACUCCCUCAAUACCGUGAGCUCCGGCAGCGGCUCCACCUCAGGCAUCGGCAGCGGGGGAGGGGGAGGGGGCGGCGGCGGCGGGGCGGGCGGCAGCGGGAACGCCGUGGUCGCCUCGGCAGUCGCCACCACCUCCUCUCAGCCCCCCAGCGCCGUCUCCAACGCCCCCUCCGCCCUGCAGCCCUACGACGUGGAGAUCCGCCGCGGCGAAAACGAGGGGUUCGGUUUCGUCAUCGUCUCCUCGGUGUCGCGCCCCGAAACGGGCACCACCUUCGCUGGCAAUGCAUGUGUGGCCAUGCCCCACAAAAUAGGGCGCAUCAUCGAGGGCAGCCCGGCUGACCGCUGCGGGAAGCUGAAGGUCGGCGACCGCAUCCUGGCGGUGAACGGCUGCUCCAUCACCAACAAGUCCCACUCUGACAUCGUCAACCUCAUCAAGGAGGCCGGCAACACCGUCACACUGCGCAUCAUUCCCGGAGACGAGUCAUCAAAUGCAUCUUUGUUGACCAACGCGGAGAAGAUCGCCACUAUAACCACCACCCACACAUCUCAGCAACAGGCUGCACCUGAGGCCAGGAACAACACCAAACCAAAGCAGGAAUCGUUUGAAUUUAAAGCGCCCCAAGCCCCUCCUCCUCAACCCCCGCAACAAGUCUCAGCUCAGGAUGCCGAGUUCUACUCAGUGGACUUGGAGCGAGACAACAAAGGCUUUGGCUUCAGCCUGCGGGGAGGCAGAGAAUACAACAUGGACCUGUACGUGCUGAGGCUGGCUGAGGAAGGAGCGGCCGUCCGCAACGGAAAGAUGAGGGUUGGCGACGAAAUCCUGGAGAUCAACGGCGAGAGCACCAAGGGCAUGAAGCACGCGCGGGCUAUCGAGCUCAUCAAGAGCGGAGGCCGCCGCGCCCACCUGGUGCUCAAGAGGGGUGAUGGCUCUGUGCCGGAAUAUGACGGCAGCCCCAUCGACGCCAGCGCAGCAGACCCAACCGCAGGGCUACAAAACGCUGCGGAAGUGAGCGCACGGCCCCCAACCAACGCGCCGUCGGAGUCGAGCUACCCACCAGAACCCCAAAUAUCAUCCCGGAGCAGGAAGGAGCCGACCGGCUCCGGCGCAGGCAAGCACCACCAUUCCAACCACCGGCCCCCCAACAAGAAAACCAGCAAGGGGAGGACGUCCACGGAGAAGGUCUUGAACAAGUUGUCGAGGAAGAAGGACGACAAGGGAGGUGAAGGCCACCGGCAACAUUCCAGCGGGAACCACCGCCGCCGCCGCUCGCCCGCCAAGGGGCAGAGCCGCUCGCGCAGCGCCGAGAACACGCUGGACAGCCGCGACGGCGGGCGGCGGCAGGGCCGCUCCCCCGACAGGCGCCGCGGCCAGCCCCCUUCUCCUCAGCGCCGCCACAGGUCGCCCCGCCGCCACAGGUCGCCCCGCCGCUCGCCCCGCCGCCACAGGUCGCCCCACCGCUCGCGGCAACACUCCCCCACCAGACGCCACGCCCACUCCUCGGACCCCUACCGCCGCCACGCCUCCCCGGAGAGACGGGGCCGCAGCAACGAGAAGCCCGCCGCGUCGAAGGAGCUGCCCAGGGAUCGCGACGCGAGCUUCAGUCUGGAGGACGGCGUCCUCCGCGAGCCGCCGGCCUCGGAGCGCCCGGACAGGGAGGCCGCGCGGCUGCCGCUGCGCCGGGACGCGCAGCUGUACGGGGAGGACAGUCUGCUGACCACGGCGUCCUCCAUGGACAGAGCCUACGGGGGGGACAGCCUGCUGAGGAGCUUGGCGUCCCGCGGCCAGAGAGAGCCCGUCUUGCCCAGGGUGCGCACCCCCGACUCCGACUCGGCCUUCCAGAAGUACAGCUCGCUGCUGAGGGGGCGCUCGCCCGAGAGGCGCUACGCGAGCCGGGACAGCUCUCCCGCGCCGCUGUACCGAGCCCGCAGCCUGGGGCGAGACAUCUCCCCGGUCAGGAGCUCCAGGCGGGACGACUCUGAGGACGAAGAGGACGAUGACAAUUUCGUAGCGGCCAAGGUGAGGGAGUACUACAGCGCGGCGAAGACCAACAGCAGCCGUUACUCCGCCCCGCCGGAGCCCAAGAAGACCUACAAGGACAACCCCAAAGACCUGAGCAUCUGAAUGGACGGCUGUCAGCCAAUCACAGCCACCGCCCACACACACACACCCAGUACUCAUUCACGUCACCACUCGGUUCCACGGAGAGAUUCACACAAUGCGCACACACUACUACACACUAUGUACAAAUGUUGAGUUACUAACAAGACACUGAAUCCCAAAUAACUUUUGAAUUUUUUUUUUUUUAACUAUGUUUUACCCCUUUUUUUUCUUGUUUUUGGUCAAGCAUUCUACAUUUACAGUAAAUCAGACUUUUUCAGAAAAUGUAAAACCAUAAAAAAACAAUGAUGUGCCUAACAGUUCCAUUAACGAGCAACCUUUUUGUUUUUGGAUUUGAUAAGUGACGGGCGUUUUGUGCCGCACUGUCAGAUGAUAAAAUGUGUGUACUCUUCCCUGGAGGAUGCCAUGGAAGUACCACUCACCUGGAUCAUGUUACCGGUGCUCACUAUGAUGCUGUGCAUGUCUUUACCGGUUUCAAUGUCACUCUCUCGCCUUCAUUCUCUCUCUCUCUCUCUCUCUCUUUAUCUAUCGCUCUCUAUCUCUCUCACUAUCCCCACUGUUUUUUAGACAUUUGACCAGACUAUAGCACAAGCCUGCAUUUGUUUGUAUAUUUUUGACAGUUUGCAGUAGGUGUACAUUCAGAGGUGAUCAUUUUAAAUGAAAGAAGGGAAAAUCAAAAGUUAAACUACGAUGAUGAUGUUAAAAUAAAAUAAUAUAUUCAACAAAUGAA